AUGUGCGUGCGCUUCAAGAUGUCUGCAAUGCAACCAACCGACGAAUUCGAGUGCCUCUUAAAAGUUCCAGGGCUCACUUUGCUCCAGACUGUUGUCAAGUGGACUCACUUAACAGUCAACCGAUGCUACCAAGGCCAGACCCUUUUACUGAGCCAUUGUCUCUUCGCGGCCUGGAGACACAAUGUACAGGCGACUGUAACUGAUGCGGCUACCACCAGGCUGGAUCUGGAGCAACGCUAA